AUGGCUAUCGCCAAAGUCAUACGUGAAGAACAGGCCGGUCAAUUUCACAAAUUUGGGGAUUCCGAUGAAGACGAUUUUAGAUUCUCGUUGGAUUUAAGUGAAGAAGGAGUUUCAGCAAAAGAGAUCGAUUCGCGAGGCUGGACUGUUUUUCCUUUUUCAAUCGCGAUCUUCUCAUCAAGGAUGAAGUUAAAUCAAUGGAUAAUGACAUUCAUGCUUCUGAUUCUAUCACCGAUUCAUUACGGAAGCUGUUCAUUGAUGAACCAGAAGAAUCUUCUUCGUGUUCAUCAUCAGAAGCCGGCGAAUUGGAAGGUGAUUAUAUGGUAA